CUUUUUGAAUAUUGAGUAGUUUCGAUAUCGUUAAAUGGUAUAUAAACACCAGUCAAUAACGGUAACAGUAUCAAAGUUAAGUUUUCAUUCAAUCGAAGUAAACCAAACCAACCAAAACCUCUCAAAAUGUUCAAAUUCGCUGCUAUCUGCUUCUUUGCUGUUGUUGCCAUCGCUGCUGCUAAACCAGGAGUUAUUGCUCCAUUCGCUUACUCCGCACCAGUUGUAGCUGCUCCAGCUGCAUAUGCUUCAUAUGUUGCACCUUACGCAUCAAGCUACAAUGCUCAUUCCAUCGCUCACUCUGCUGCCUACCCAGCUGCCUAUGCUGCUGCCGCUCCAUUGGUUGCUGCUCCAGCUGCAUACGCUGCCGCUCCAGCAUUCGCACCAGCUGCUUAUGCCGCUGCACCAGCUUUUGCUCCAGCUGCUUACGCCGCCGCUGCACCAGCUUCUUUCCUAUUGAAGUAAGGUGGCAAGAAUUUGGACUGAUUUUGAGAAUACCAAUUUGAUCAACUGAAUUACAAUAAAACAAAAAAUCAAACAU